UUUGAUGACUCGGCUCGACCCAACACGAUCACGCCACCGUUGAAGGAACCCUUUGCGUACGGUAAACAGCCGAUUCGAGGCGUCAACCUCGGUGGAUGGUUGGUCCUUGAACCUUUUAUCACACCAAGCUUGUUUGACCAAUUCCCACCAUCCGAUCAUAUUGUGGAUGAAUGGACGUUGUGUGCCAAGUUGGGCCCCGAGGAAGCGAAACGUCAGCUUGAGCAUCAUUACCAAACAUUUGUCACCGAAGACGAUUUUCAAAAAAUGGCGAAAAUGGGACUGAACCACGUCCGUAUUCCCAUCGGUCAUUGGGCAGUAGAGGUGUUCGAGGGCGAGCCAUUUGUGCCCAAGGUCGCUUGGAAAUAUCUGUUGAAAGGGAUCCAAUGGGCUCGGAAAUACGGAUUGCGCGUCAUGGUCGAACUGCACACGGCGCCUGGAUCUCAAAAUGGAUGGAAUCACUCGGGACGGUACGGACAAAUUGGCUGGUUGAAUGGUACCAACGGCGAAGAGAAUGGAAAACGUACACUAAAGAUUGUGGAGCAAAUGAUCACUUUCUUCAACAAGCCCGAGUGGGAUCACGUUACACCCAUUUUUGGCGUGCUCAAUGAACCAGCCAUCUUUAUGCUGGAUAAAGCACGCGUCAAAGAUUGGUAUCGAGAAAGCUAUGAUGCCAUUCGAAACAUUACUGGACCCGACAGCGGCCCGAUCUUGACAUACCAUGAAGGCUUCCUUGGCUUGACACCGUGGGCCGGUUUUUUCAACACGGGCUAUUAUCGACGCGUUAUUUUAGAAACACAUACCUACUUGAUAUUUGACAAGAAUUUGGUGUCGCUGCCCCGCAACGACCAGGCCAUCUUUGCUUGCGGCAGCUGGCAGAACGAUCUGAAAAAGUCCGCGGAGAUGAAUGGGCCUACCAUGGUCGGCGAAUUCUCAGCGGCGACCAAUGACUGUGGAAAGUAUCUCAACGGCGUAGGUUUGGGAACGCGCUACGAAGGCACGUAUCGAGAGAACACAGGCGAAAUCCGACCGCCAGUGUGCUCCAACUGUACAUGCAAGGGCGUCGAAGACUGGAAAACAUGGACCGAUGAUUACAAGCACUUCUUAAAGGCAUUUAUUGAACGGCAGAUGGAUGCAUUCGAAGCAAGCUAUGGCUGGUUAUUCUGGACAUAUAAAACCGAAAAUCACAUUAACCCCCAUUGGGACUAUCUCCUGGGUUGGGAACAAGGAUGGAUG